AUGACCAAAAAGGCCUUGUCACGAGCUGAAGUCGAACCAGCACCUCUGGGAAAUGAAGACAAUCCUAGCGAACUACCAUUUCUUCUAAUCGUGACUUUGUUUACCCGGUUCGUCAUGCACAAUCAAAGCAAAACUAAAAUGACUACAUCCGGUCGCGUUUCCGCUAAAACACUAGAAUCCCAAAAUGAGUUAUUUAAAGAUAUAGGAGCUACUGUCCCCCUCGAGUCGUGCAAUGCGAUUUCGCAUCGACGAUUCCAAGCUACAAUUGUGGGUUUGAUAGUAGCGUUAGGACGACUGGUUCUUGUAGUUGUAUUGCCCAAACGCAACGACUCAAACAACUACGAGUGCUCCCAAGACGAUGAGACGCAUGCGCUAUACCGUCGAGUAUUGCUUGCGAAGCAACCGCAACUCGUUGUAGGUCCUCUCCUUACAUUACAGUCGAGUAGCUUUCACUCCUUCGCUUGCAAUGUGCGGUUGGUUUACCUAACACAUGGCUUCCCCAACACCAAUAGUCGCAUGAGUUCUCCUAGACCAGAACCCAUGCCUUUGAACAAACCGCAUGAUGCGUUCCGGAGUUUCCGUAGUUCUGUUACCGCCUUGUCGUCUUGGGUUGGGAAGGAUACGACAGGCUCAAUUCAAGGACACUCAAUUUCAAGCUCAAUUUCAGGCUUUCGAAGCUCUGACACUUUCUGUAGCUCUUCGUUCGUUCGGCAGAGGCGUAGAGCUAUCUACUUGGUCGCGACUGGCUCUGCUAUUCUAGGUUCUCCCUAUGGCACUACACAUCGUUCCCUUCGGUCGAGCGAAUCCCAUUGUUCCGGUCUGAGAAUCCCUAUGUCUGAGGUCGAGCAGCUACGCUCUCGUUGUUCGAGGUUAGAUCCUCGUAUGUUGCCACUCUCGUCACUGGGCAUUCUCACUUUUUCCUUGUUAUCUCAGGACACUCUGCCAGGUUGUUCCUUGUUGACCGGCCUUGUGAUUCUCGUUAUAGAAUGUAGUGCCCAACAGUUUAAAGGAACGGGUGAAGUCUCGGGAUCCGCUCUAGUCGAGUAA